UGUCAGUUCGAGUUACCUCCACGUAAAACUGGGUUGUUACUGAAUCCACUCUGACAUGUCGGAAGGGAUAUAGUAGCGCCUGUUGCGGUUCAUCCUGGGCAACGUCAGAUAGUGCUGCAUUGAAAUCUCAUAAUGGGAUCUCAAUGACGCGGUACCUGGCGGCCGAAGACUCGAUACCCAAUCUAAGGUGUUAUCCGUACCGUGCCGAGAGAUGCGUGGCUGAGGGGGAGCUCAGUCGCUAACGGUGGGCCCUCGAUACCAGGCGACCUCGAGGUGUAUAUAGCCUUACUCCGGCAUGCGGGGCUCUGCUGGAGUGGACCUACUUUCCCUAGCUACUCGUGGGACCAACAUGAAUAAAUGCUCUCCCAAAAAAAGUAACGGUAACCUGGAAGACCUAUGCCAGGAACUUAUGCCACUGAUAGAAGGAGUAGAACAACCGACCCAAAUAUCAGAGCAACUCAGUAUGGAGACAGAGGAAUCCAUCAGCACGGCAGAAAGGGCUGCUUGCGGCUCACACUCGCUGACUGAUGAAUACACCGCCUCCAAACCCACUGGCAGGAAAAUGUCAAGUGCGGCAAAAAAGCGCUUCGGAGCUCUGAGGCAGCUGGGAGUGGAGCCGAAUAUGGCUUCAACACUGGCGGUCAAGAGCUUCGCUGAGCUGAAGCAGAUGGGGUACAAGUUUAAGGCCUCGCAACCUGAAUCUGGGCGCAAACCGGUAAAACGGGUUCGCUCGGAGGAGGAAUCGCCAAAGGGACAUAUUACCAAAGUCCCAAAGGUGAGUGAGACCUUAAACACCUCAACCACCGUAGCCUACAGCGAGGCCGUACGCUCAAUCCGGGUCGGCAUAAAAGACUCCAAGUCCUUGAUGACUAACACACAACUGGAGUCGCUGCGCAAUACCAUCCUGCAAAGCAUUGCCAAAUCCGGAAGGGGCGAAGGGCCUAAAUUCGUGGGCUGCUCCUUUAAGCCAGGCUGGCUCCUCAUCACGUGUGAGGACGAGCGCUCAAAAACCUGGCUUGAGAAUAUAGUCCCCCCCCUCAAACCGUGGCCGGAAGCAAGCCUCGUUCUAUUGAGCGAGUCUGAAAUCCGAAAACCUAAUGUGGGGGUGGUAUAUAUUCCUAUCUCUGAAGCCAGCAGCGCAACGCGGGCCUUAGAAUUCUUCGGUGCUCAGAAUGAGGGUCUGAACACCGAGCACUGGAAGGUCCUCAAUACGAAGGUUGACAAGGGAGGUCUAACUCUGACCGUAUCCCUAGACGACCACUCGUUUGAGGCCCUGAAGAUGAUGGACCUAAAGGCCAACAUUGGCUUCAAAAAGGUCCAGUUCAGAAUUAAGGGCCCCAUACAGGACUCCAAACCCUCCGCUGAACCCCCGACCACCGCCGCAACCACCACCACCUCUACCCCCGUACCCGCAUCCUUAACCACCCCCCCUGAGGGUACCGUGCAGGUCCGCACAGGACCACAACGGGUCAACCCUCCUUCCACCCCCUCAACCUCCACUUCCACACUCCCAAACAGGGGAAGGGGAACGCGGUUUCCCCCCAACAGGGGGACCACAAGGGGCGCACAUCCGCCCAGAGGAAGGGGGCAGCACAGAGGACCGUACCGAGGGCGGCGGGGCACACAAGGGCGCCGCGGCUCCCAAACACAAUAGUCCCCACCAACCUCAACGCCCAAAGGGGAUGGCGAUACUACAGGCCAACCUACACCACGCUAUCGCAGCCUCUGCGGUCAUAGAAAAGAUCUUCAGCGAAGGUGGCCUGGACAUCGCCCUCAUUCAAGAACCAUGGAUAAACGCCGACUCUAUGGUAGCCGGUCUGAACAACGCUGAACUUUGCAGCGAAGAUACUGUCACCGCGUACGUAGAAGUCAAAGGGCCGAACAGGUCCAAAGUACUCUUCUGCUCGGCAUAUCUUCCUGGAGAUAAGCAAGAUCCCACUGAAGAACUGACUAACGUCCUGGAAUACUCUAGAAGACAAAAGUCGGAACUGAUAGUGGGAUGCGAUGCUAACGCCCACCAUACCAUCUGGGGAAGCUCGGAUACCAACAUGAGAGGUGAGUUACUAUCCGAUUUUCUUCUAUCUAACUGUCUACAGGUGCUGAACAAUGGCCACACGCCAACAUUCGUAACAAAAACCAGACAGGAAGUAAUAGAUAUAACAUUCGCAACAGAAAAUGUGUCAAAAUGUAUAACAAAAUGGCACGUCAGCAGCGAGAACUCAAUGUCUGAUCAUAGACAUAUACGUUUUGAUAUUUCAGGGCUGGUAGAAGCUCAAUAUCCAAGAGUAAGGAAUCCAAAAGACACCUCCUGGGAUAUGUAUAUAACCCUGCUCAGUGAGAAUCUAAAGGAUAUACCCAAAACUAUCAAAACACCGGACUCUCUUAAUGCCGCGGUCAAAAUGCUCAAUAAUGGCAUAAUCAAUGCCU